AUGCUUUUGCUUUUCAGCGACUCCUCAAACGCGAUUACUCCAUCAACGGCUGAGAUUUGAUCAACAACAUCCAACGGCUCACCAUGAAUCGAAAAGCCCAGAUCUACUUUGCCUUUCUUCCCCAGCUAGCACUGCGAAUUCCCCCAAACUCGUUUUUCAGUCUUCUUCUCACAAAACCCUAUCUCUCCAUCUUCAACAGCGACCUUCCCCAAUUCUUCAGCUUCCAAUUUCAGCGGUCACAGCUACAAAACCAUCCCAAGAAUGAGGUCGAACUCCGCCGCCAUGUUUCUGGGUAGAAUUUUGUCGAUUUCUUCAUCUAAAUUCUCCACCUUUGCCAUCGCUUCUCCACAUUAUCAAUCAUUUCUUGUACCCAGUUUUAAUUUUGAUAAUGCCAGCUGCCAAAUCAGACAAUUCUCCGCCUAUCCCAGAUCCGAUUUUGGAUCUCUGCGUGAGCCCAACGAUGCCGUCGAUCUAUUUUGGGAGAUGAUGAGAACGGAGCCGCUUCCUUCUGUUAAGCUUUUCUCGAAAUUGCUGAGUGUUGUGGUGAAGAUGAAACAAUACUCUCUUGCCCUUCAUCUGUUCGACGAAAUGCUUCAGAGGGAUAUUCCUAUAAAUCACUUCACGUUGACUAUCGCAAUUGAUGGCUGUUGCCGACUGAAAAGACCUGAUUUUGGGUUUGCGAUCGUAGGCAUUUUUUUCAAGCGUGGGUACGAGCCUACUGUUGUAACCUUUACCAUUCUCAUCAAAGGCCUUCUGUUGGUUGGAAGGAUUCCAGAGGCAGCUAAAGUGUUGGGGAAGCUGUCAGCUUACCAACUGUGCGAGCCCGAUGAAUAUAUGUAUAAUACUAUAAUUAAUGGAUUAUGCAAAGCUGGGGAUAUUCUCCAGGCGAUUGAGUUGCUCUGCUCAUUGGAAAAGGGAAAAGGGAACUGCAAACCCGAUGUCUAUGCUUACAACAUAGUCAUUGAUGGUCUAUGCAAGGAAGGAAAGGUGGACGAAGGUCUCCAUCUCCUCUCCACUCUGGGUGAUAAGGGGAUUUCACCCAAUAUUGUGACAUACAAUUCAAUAAUCAAGGGGUUGUGCAAUCAUCGUAGAGAGGAUGAGGCUGAAGACAUUUUCAAGAAGAUGAUUGUCUGCCCAGAUGUGGUGACGUGUAAUAUCUUUGUGGAUGCUUGGUGCAGAGAUGGAAAUGUGGAAGAGGCCGAGCAUUUGUUGGUAUCUAUGAAGGAGAUUGAUGUUCACCCCAACAUUGUCACAUACAAUGCAUUGAUUAAUGGGUAUUGCUUGCAAGGGAAAAUGGAUGAAGCCGGACGUAUUUUCCAAUUGGCAGUCAACUCUGGAAUCAAGCCCGAUAUCAUCAGCUACAAUAGCUUGAUGAACGGCUAUUGCAAAAUGGGGCGAGCCGAUGAAGUUUCACGUCUUUUUGCCAUAAUUCGUGCCAAAAGGUUAGAACGUAAUGUGGUUUCUUAUAGCAUAAUGCUGCAUGCCUUAUUUUGUGAAGGCAAGUGUGAAGACGGCUUGAAGCUGAUCAAAGAGAUGGAAGCUCUACAGGUGUCUCCGGAUAUCAAGACUUACAAUAUCUUGUUGGAUGGUUUGUGUGGAGCUCAUCGUAUUACUGAAGCUUUUUCAAUGUUGCAUACCAUGGAAGAUAAAAGCAUCAUUCCAAACAUAGUAGCAUACAAUGUUCUCAUUGAGGGAUUGUGCAACGACAACAGAGUCGGUGAAGCAAAGGAUUUGUUUGACAAGCUUCCAUCCAAAGGUUUGCAGCCUGACGUCAUAACAUAUAACAUUCUCAUUGGGGGAUUGUGCAACGAUGACAAAGUAGGAGAAGCAAAGGAUUUGUUUGACGAGCUUCAAUCCAAAGGUUUGCAGCCUGAAAUCAUAACAUAUAACAUUCUUAUUGAUGGAUUGUGCAACGACAACAAAGUCGGAGAAGCAAAGGAUUUCUUUGACGAGCUUCCAUCCAAAGGUUUGCAGCCUGACGUCAUAACAUAUAAUAUUCUCAUUGGUGCACUUUGCAAAGAAGGGCAUAUAGCGGAGGCUAAGGAUAUGUUCCUUGAGCUUCCAUCCAAAGGUUUGCAGCCUGACAUCAUAACAUAUACAAUCCUUAUAGGUGCACUUUGUGAGGAAGGGCAGAUAGAGGGUGCUAAGGAUUUGAUGAUGCAAAUGGUAAACAACGGUUGCUUGCCUAAUAGUGUGACAUACAAUGUUUUCGUUCAAGGUCUUCUCAAAAGGAACAAGAUGCAUGAUGCUAUACAACUGUUGGAAGAGGUGGAUUCAAGGGGAUUCACACUUGACAAAACUGCAUAUUCGACGUUGAUCGAACCUAUGAAAAGAGAAGGUAGAGAUAGUGUUCUAAUUGAUAAGGUUAAGAAACUCGUACCAAAGGACUUCUAUUUUAGUUAGGUGUUAUGUUGUGUUUGAAGGUCAAGAAUUAUUUCAAUAGAAAUUAA